CGGCAGGGCUGCUGCACAUUGAAAAUAGAGGGAGAGGGAGGGAAGAGAGAGAGAGAGAGAAGGAGAGUCAGGGACAGGCAGUGCUGAAAAGGAGAGCACAAAGAGAAGGAAAGUGGAGCAGGGGAGGGGAACAGGAGGCUGGGUGAAGGGAGAGGGAAAGACAAAAGAAGGAGAGGGGAGACAUAGCAGGGUGAACGGAGGGGACUGAGCAAAUGGCUACGGAGGAGACGGCGGGGGGAGCCAGGAAAGCCACCAAGAGCAAACUGUUUGAGUUCCUGGUCCAUGGAGUGCGUCCUGGUAUGCCGUCCGGAGCAAGGAUGCCCCACCAGGGAGCUCCGAUGGGCCCCCCCGGCCCACCGUACGGAGGCAGCCCGGCGGUGCGGCCUGGUCUGCCCUCACCGGUGAUGGAGCCCAGUCGUAAAAGGCCUGCCCCCUCCCAGCAGGUCCAGCAGCAGCAGCAGCAACAGCAGCAGCAGCAGCAGCAGGCUGUCCAGAACCGGGCCAGAAAGAAGCCAGUCGGAUUCCCCGGAGCCAAUGAGAUGCCGGCGAGGCAGAUGGACAUGAGAGAGCCCCAAUCAGAUCCCACGCUCGGAUCAAAUGCUAAGAGAAGGAAAAUGGCAGACAAGAUUCUUCCGCAAAGGAUCCGUGAGCUGGUCCCCGAGUCUCAAGCGUACAUGGACCUGCUGGCCUUCGAGCGCAAACUGGACCAGACCAUCAUGCGCAAACGUGUGGACAUUCAGGAAGCACUGAAGAGACCGAUGAAGCAGCAGAAGCGUAAACUGAGGCUUUACAUUUCAAACACCUUCAACCCUGCCAGACCUGAUGCCGACGACUCCGACGGCAGCAUUGCAUCAUGGGAGCUGCGAGUAGAGGGGAAGUUGCUGGACGAUCCCGGGAAGCAGAAGAAGAAGUUCUCUUCGUUUUUUAAAAGCCUGGUGAUCGAACUGGACAAAGACUUGUACGGCCCUGACAACCACCUGGUCGAGUGGCAUCGCACGCCUACGACCCAGGAGACGGACGGUUUCCAGGUGAAAAGGCCCGGAGACGUGAGCGUACGCUGCACUCUGCUGCUGAUGCUGGACUACCAGCCUCCCCAGUUUAAGCUGGACCCUCGCCUGGCUCGCCUGCUUGGCAUCCACACUCAGACACGCUCCUGCAUCAUCCAGGCCCUCUGGCAGUACGUCAAGACCAACAAGCUGCAGGACUCCCAUGACAAGGAGUACAUCAACUGUGACAAGUACUUCCAACAGAUCUUCGACUGCCCUCGGCUGAAGUUCUCUGAGAUCCCUCAACGCCUCACCAACCUCCUCCUGCCCCCCGACCCCAUCGUUAUCAACCACGUCAUCAGCGUGGACCCCAACGACCAGAAGAAGACGGCUUGCUACGACAUCGACGUGGAGGUGGAAGACCCCCUGAAGAGUCAGAUGAGCAGCUUCCUCCUCUCCACCGCAAACCAGCAGGAAAUCGCCUCCCUCGACAACAAGAUCCAUGAGACCAUCGAGUCCAUCAACCAGCUGAAGAUCCAGAGGGACUUCAUGCUCAGUUUCUCCAGAGAUCCCAAGGGCUACAUCCAGGACUGGCUCAAAUCCCAGAGCCGAGACCUUAAGUUAAUGACAGAUGUGGUGGGGAACCCAGAGGAGGAGAGGAGGGCGGCAUUUUACCACGAGCCCUGGUCCCAGGAGGCUGUCAGCCGCUAUUUCUACUGCAAGAUCCAGCAGAGGAGACAGGAGCUGGAACAGGCCUUAGCGGUCCGCAACACCUAAGUGAAGGCCCUCCAUGAUCUCCGCAUCUGAUUUCAGAGCCGUGUGUGUGUGUAUGUGUGAGUGUGUAUGUGUGGGUGGGUGUGUUGCUACCGUCAAGUGAAAAGCUCUUACCUCUAGAAAAUAUUAGCAGCUCCGAGACCUUUCUGAGGAUUUUCCAUAUUUAAAGAGUAUUUGCAACAAUCAGAAAUGUCAAUUUGUGAACACCCACUCGUAUAUUAGAGUUGAUUUGAAAGGCAACAUCUUCUAGUUUCUGUGUUUAAUACGUGGCUGAAACACAACCCAAAUGUGGAUCAGAUGUAUCCCUUAUCCUAACACUAAGAAGUUUAUGGUUGUAACAGAAGUGUACGACCAAAACGUAUGUACAAGACCUCACUUGAAAGGGAACAUCCUCAAGUUUAUGCAUUUAACAUGUGGCUGAAAUGCAAUUAAACUACAUUAGUUUAGACAUGGCUCAAAUCUAACCAUAACCUCUGAACUAGGGUUAAAGUUUCAGUUACAGUAAAA